UCUUUGUGUCGUGUCUCUCUUCUCUUCCGUUACAGCAUUAGCAGAACAUCCACACCGCAUCGCUCGUGGUUCCAUCCUUUGUGUCUGUCUCUCUCUUCGGACACAAAGCAACACUUUCCAUGUCCAUGUCUCUGUCUCUUCUUCGUAUCUUCUCUUCGCCCCACCUUUCCACCUCUCUCUUCUUUCCAACUCCAACUCUUUCUUCCCUCUGCCCUUCUUUCCUUCCCAAAUUACCAAAUGCACCCUCUCCCCUCAUUGUUUUAUGCCACAGGGACGCCUCAGCUUCGAAGCAAGGUCACCUCGGAGCCCAUGAAGGUGCAGAACGUGACAGUGGGAGCGAAGAAGAUGAUGAUGAUGUUGAACAACCCAUGAGGGCCAGUUACGACGACGACGAAGACGAAGAAGAAGGAGCUCUUAGCUCCUUAGUUUUUCCUGAAAGAUGGGAUGUAUUGGGUCUCGGUCAAGCCAUGGUAGACUUCUCUGGCAUGGUUGAUGAUAAUUUCCUGAAGAAUUUGGGAUUGGAGAAGGGAACACGGAAAGUAGUAAAUCAUGAGGAAAGAGGUAGAGUUUUGCAGGCCAUGGAUGGGUGCAGCUAUAAAGCUGCAGCUGGUGGAUCUCUUUCUAAUACCUUAGUUGCCCUCGCAAGACUUGGAAGUCGCUCCGAAAAAGUUCCUGCUAUAAAUGUGGCAAUGACCGGUAGUGUUGGGAGUGAUCUAUUAGGGGGCUUCUACAGGGAAAAAUUACGCCGAGCAAAUGUGCAAUUUCUUUCUGCACCAAUCAAGGAUGGGACUACUGGAACAGUUAUAGUUCUCACAACUCCAGAUGCCCAGCGCACAAUGCUUGCAUAUCAGGGCACAUCUUCAACUGUUAACUAUGAUGCAUCCUUAGCUAAUGCAGUUUCCAAGACAAACAUACUUGUCGUCGAAGGGUAUCUAUUUGAACUUCCUGAUACCAUUAAAACAAUAACCAAAGCAUGUGAGAAAGCACGGUCGAACGGUGCCUUGGUUGCAAUAACAGCUUCAGAUGUCUCCUGCAUUGAGAGACACUUUGAUGAUUUCUGGGAAAUUAUUGGGAAUUGUGUGGAUUUAGUCUUUGCAAAUGGAAAUGAGGCCAGAGCUCUUUGUAAUUUUGAAGCAAAGGAAAGUGCUGCUUCAGCUGCAAGGUAUCUGAGCCACUUUGUUCCUCUAGUAUCCGUUACAGAUGGUCCUACAGGCUCUUACAUUGGUGUAAAAGGAGAAGCUGUAUAUAUCCCUCCUUCUCCAUGUGUUCCAGUUGAUACUUGUGGUGCUGGGGAUGCAUAUGCAUCUGGCAUACUCUAUGGUCUUUUAAGAGGCAUAUCAGAUUUGAGAAGCAUAGGCUCAUUAGCAGCUAAGGUUGCUGCCACUGUUGUUGGACAACAGGGAACUCGGCUUAGGAUUUCAGAUGCAGUCAAAUUGGCUGAAUCUUUUGAAUUUCAACUUGAUUCCUCCUCUGUUGGCACUGAUCAUAAUAUUUCCAGCGUCUAAUCAGAGAUUGCACUUUGAAUUGAAUUACAUUUUUUUUCCAUAAGAUCAAUGUAUUCCUUGAUUAAUAUUAUGUUUCAAAAGAAUAGCCUUGUAAAUACUCUCAUUGUAAAAAGAAUUCAAUUGCUUAGGCCUACGUCCAGUCUUCAUCAUGGUUAUUACUAUGCUAGGUACAUCGAUAUAUUCUAUCAUCAUCGUCACUUGUAAAAAUUAUUGGUAAUGAAAAUUCAAUUAA